AUAGUGAGACUGUCUUUACAACUUUCUUCACAGCUUCGCUUCUCUCUCCACUCAGCGCCCCCCUCUCUGCCUCUCUGAUUAUCACUGAGAAGAGAAGAAGAAGAAGAAGUUAACAAGAUUCUCUCCAGCUCUCGAGCUUCAAUCUGCUUCUGCUCUCUUUCUGCUAAAAUGGCUGGUCCCAAACUCGGUAAGAAAGUGGGUUCUAAAUUAGGGAAACCCCCAACCAAGAAGAAGCAGAAGAAGGAACCUUUGCCACCUAAGCCACUGGAAAAGGAGGAUCUUUUGAGUGACGGUGAAGGAACUGAUGGAGAUUUUGAAGAAGAUGAUGGAGGUUCUGGUGAUGAAGAACAUCAGAAAAUGAACUCAGAUUCUGACAUGUCUUCUGACAUGGAUGACCCCUUUGCUGCUGAUAUAUUAGCAAGCGGUGAUGUUGACGAUGGUUCCGAUGUUAAUUUAGAUUCAGAUGUAGAUUCUGAUUCAGACGCAGAUGACACUGAUCUUGUAAGGAAGUCUAAAGCUAUUGAUGAUGAAAGGAAAAGAGAGCAGAAGGAUGGUGAUUUAGAAUUGCAACUCAAUAUUAAAGAAGAAGCUGAUGAGUUCAGACUGCCAACAGCUGAGGAGCUCGAGGAAGAAACACAUAGACCACCAGAUCUCUCGAAUCUCCAAAGGAGGAUAAAAGAGGUUGUUCGGGUGCUCUCAAAUUUCAAGUCAUUGAGGCAAGAAGAUGUGACACGUAAGGAUUAUGUUGAUCAACUUAAAAGGGACUUGGGUUCAUAUUAUGGAUACAAUGAUUUUCUGAUUGAAUCGUUAGUGGAGCUGUUUCCCCCUGUUGAGUUGAUUGAACUUAUUGAAGCAUUUGAAAAGCCCCGGCCAAUUUCUCUGCGGACAAACACUUUAAAGACUCGCAGACGGGAUUUAGCUGGUGUUCUUCUUAACAGAGGUGUCAAUUUGGACCCACUAAGCAAAUGGUCAAAGGUUGGACUAGUUGUAUAUGAUUCUCAAGUUCCAGUUGGUGCCACUCCUGAGUAUAUGGCUGGUCACUACAUGCUCCAAAGUGCGAGUUCGUUUCUGCCUGUAAUGGCCCUUGCCCCUCAAGAGAAUGAACGUAUUGUUGAUAUGGCUGCUGCUCCUGGAGGCAAAACAACUUAUGUUGCUGCACUGAUGAAAAAUAGUGGUAUUAUUUAUGCAAAUGAGAUGAAGGAGUCGAGACUUAAAUCGCUCACUGCUAACUUACAUCGCAUGGGGGUAACAAACACCAUUGUCUGUAACUAUGAUGGAAGAGAGCUACCUAAAGUCUUGGGUCAGAACACUGCCGAUAGGAUUUUGCUGGAUGCUCCCUGUAGUGGCACUGGGGUGAUUUCCAAGGAUGAGUCUGUUAAAACUUCCAAAACUGCUGCAGAUAUACAAAAUUGCUCACACCUGCAGAAGGAACUGAUACUUGCAGCAAUUGACAUGGUCGAUGCCAACUCAAAAUCAGGUGGAUACAUAGUAUAUUCUACUUGCUCCAUUAUGGUUGAUGAGAAUGAAGCAGUUAUAGACUAUGCACUCAAGAAGAGAGAUGUUAAACUUGUGCCAUGUGGACUUGAUUUUGGGAGGCCCGGAUUUUUUCGCUUUAGGCAGCACCGUUUCCACACAUCUUUGGACAAAACAAGGCGAUUCUAUCCUCAUGUGCACAACAUGGAUGGAUUCUUUGUGGCAAAGUUGAAAAAGAUGAGCAAUUCCAAGUCUGCUGCAAAAGUGUCAGCUCAGUCCGAAGAAAUACAAGAUGCUGAUUCCAUUGAGAGCAGUGACCAGCAGAAUGCUGAAGGGGAUAAUGACAAGCAUUCAGAGCAAGAAAGCAUUGCAAAAGAGAACGGAAAUUUGAGUGAAAAAGCAGUGGCUGAUAAAAAGAGGAAGAAGGACGUCCAAAAGCAUUCAGACAAAAAAGGUGUUGGACAAAACGGUGGCGGAACUAAAAAUGGGCCGGCAGAAAAUAAAUCGGUGGCACCAAAAAGGAGGGAAAAGAAGAAACCCCCUCCUAGAGAGGAAAUUGCAAAAGCUAGGGAAGAGAAGAGGAAAGCUCUUAGGGAAGAAAAGCGAAAAGCCACGAUGAAGAAAAAAAAUGGAAACAAAUGAGUUCUCUGUAACAUGUGGAAUUUUGUGAUAUGCGGAUCAUAUUUUCUCAGAGGCGACAUGAAUGAACACAAAACUAAAGAUAUAAUUCGGGCAUUACUAGCACAGCUUCCAGCUAGAGGUAAUAUUUCUUAUUGUUUGUUGAUGACUUUUGAGAUAGAGAGGUUGGAGAUCAUGUAUGGUUUGCUUUAGAAAAAAAAAAAAAAUGAAACCUAGGAUUUGUGGUUGCACGAAAACCACGACUCCAAAAUUUUGUAUCUGUAUUUGAUGUUAUACUUUUUCCUUUUGGGAGUGAGCAAUGAAAACUAAAAAGAGCAAAGUAGUUUGUAUUA